AUGGUAGCAACACCUGAAGAUCAUUCAACAGGCUCCCACGAGUCCCUACACGAUAUCGUCCACGUCGAUCCUUUCACUAGGCCACUCGAUAUCACCAUAACAUCCAGCAGCGAGAUCACGAUCCCUGGCUUCUCAGCAGAGCAAGUCCGCUCCAUUACCAAGCUCAUAGAAGACGUGCUCGACAAGGCACUCGACAAGCACUUUGACCCACUGCCACCACAGCAAAAGCAGUCAGUGAUAGCGCCAAAGCCGGCACAGCCACCGGCGCAGGAACAAGAGCAUAUGCCAUUGCAACAGGCAAAUGUGGAGAAAAUUGCGGAGAAAACUAUGGAGAAGAACAAGAGCACGGACAGCAGCAGUCCUAUGCAAACGGGCGCACUCUCCACAAUUCCACACCAGGCCACUAUGCAGAAUUGCGGAGAUCCUUCCCCUCGCCUCAGCAGUACUCCACUUUCUACCUCGCUUCUCGCCUCUCUUCUCGCCUCUCAACUCGCCUCUUUUCUUACUUUCGCCUCUCCGCUCGGCUACAUUCGAUUCGCGAAGGAUAUGGAGGCUAUAGGCCAAGGCUAG